GAUAUAUAUGACUGGUCUCUAGCUACCACACGUCUUACCUGUAGCAGUAUACUCUGGUUGAGUAGUGCGCAAUACAGCCAUAGAGAGACGGCAAAACAUUCUUCUCUUGCCUCAGCAUCAAUCUUGUUUAUUCGAUCUAGCAGCUGCAACUCGCAAAACACCAUGAGAAAGGAGAUCAUCAUCCGGAUGCAGCCGGGGUCGGACAGAUAUCACAAGAGAGCUCUCAAGGUGGCCGCCGCGGUCAGCGGAGUAGUGUCGGUCACGAGGACCGGCAGGAACAUGGAGCUGCUGGUGGUGAUCGGCGACGGCGUGGACGAGGGCCUUCUGACCAAGAAGCUGAGGAAGGAGGUCGGGGAGGCGGAGAUAGUGGAGCUGCGGACGCUAGCGGCGGGCGCCUCGGGAUCGGGGUAUCUGCCGGGCACGUCGUCCAGGGACGUCGCCGCCGCGCACUCCCGGUCUCCGCACCACUGGCAGUCCGUCAACACUCUGGGCCGGGACUCGCCGGUGAGGGGCCACGUCUCGUACCCGGUCUCAGCACCGUCGCCUCUGGCCAACCCCGCCGUCGCACGGUGGCCGGCCGAGCAGUACAGGCAAACCGACGCGGGGUACUACCCCCAUGCUCCCAGCCCCAGCCCGUCCUACUACCACGCGUCGCCCAUGGCUGGGAACGGCGGGUACGGGGGCAGCAGCUACGCGCGCGCGGCGGCACGCAGCCACCCGGCGAACUACUCCCCGAUGAUCGAGCGGCACGACUACAACGCGGCGGGGAGCUGGCAUCGGCACGGCGGCGGCAGAACGCCCAAGUGCUGCUCGAUACAGUAGGACUCGUUUCCGUCCUAGUGCCAGAACUCAAAGACGUUUUCAAGUAUUUCUCAGCUGUGAAAUGUUGGGUUCUUUGGUUCAUUCCUGCCUCAUUGUUGAAAUUAAAUUUGGUGUACAAUGUCGGUAAGCGUCGUGUACACCUGAUAGGAUUUGAACAUAGAGGUGUUCUUAGUGUUUUGCAAAUGAACUAAUCAAAUAAACAUCCUAAUUGGGAAUC